AAGCAGUGCGCCAGCUGCGACAAGAUCAUAUCCGACCGCUACUUGCUGCUAGCAGCUGAUAAAUACUGGCACGUGACCUGUCUCAGGUGCACUUCCUGUCACGUGGUUCUGUCGGAAGUGGGCUCAACCUGUUUCAGCAAAUCAGGAAUGACCUUGUGUAGGUCGGAUUAUAUAAGAUUAUUCGGCUCAACCGGAACAUGUAGUCUCUGUCGUCAGACGAUUCCGGCCAACGAUUACGUCAUGAAGACGUCACAGGGUAGCGUGUAUCACGUGACGUGCUUCAUCUGCAUCACGUGCAGACGGGCCCUAAUUCCCGGAGACAAAUAUGGCGUCUAUAACGGAAGUCUUUUCUGCGAGACGGAUUAUUGGGUCGCCAUGACAACCGGC